AUGGAGGCGCUGCGGGAGGCGCUGCGGGAGGCGCUGGCGGGGCUGCCGGGCGGCGGCGGCGGCGGCAGGGAGGAGGCGGAGGCCUUCGACCGGGCUCGCUUCUGGGAGGCGCUGGCCGGAGCCUUCGGGGCCGCCUCGCGGGAAGCCACGCGGCUCAGCCUGGCCGCCGCCGCCGCCCGAGACUCCCAGCCCCAGACGUGCGAGAGGCUGAGCGAAGAGGUGCGCGUUGCUGUCCUCGGAGCCGUCUCGGUGUCUCGCCAGCUCCCACCCAGCCAAGGGAAGACCCUGAACAAUGCUGUCCGCUGUGCCACGAUCCAGGUGGUGGAGGGGAUGAUUCAGCUCACGGAGGUUAUCCUUCGGACCCCCCAGGAGAGUCUGUCCCAGGAGCAGCUUAUCUCCACCGGAGGCGUCUGGGAGGCCUGCGACCGAGUUUCCUGCCUGCCGCCUGACAACCUGGCAGCGGUCACGUUGGCCAUCUCUUCCUGCCUGGAGCUUGUCAAGGACGCACUGGAGGAAAUGGAGCAGAUGCAGGCUGAGGGAGGGGCUUCUCCCGGUGAUCUGCUGGAGGAUGAAGUGCUGGGCUUGCCGGGAAACUGUGCCCUUGUUUGGACUGACGCCGAGCGGCAGCUGCUGGGCCCCUGCAUGGGGCUGGUGAAGGCCACCAAGGCUGGGCUGAAGAAGUUGCUGGGGGCCAUGAGAGCCCACGGCGGAGCAGACACGGAGGAGCACGUGGCUCAGCUGGACGCCCUGGCCGAGGCUGCAGCUGAGCUCAGCCCCAGUGUGGACGAACUGGUGCUCGGCCUCUGCCCGCCCGUGAACCAGCUCACUCUGCGGCUGAAUGCUGGGAAACUGGCUUCGGUGCUAAUGAGGAUGCUGGAAAUCACCAGGACGAGCCACGUCUGCCCUCCCUCCGAAGAGAGCUGGGUGCGGUUCCUGGCUGGAGCAGUGGACCACAACCUGGGCAAGAUCAAGGACUCCACCCAAGGCCUGCUGGGAGACCCUGGCCCAGCAGGGGAGGGUCUGUGCCUGGGAGACGCCCGGCCGAAGGAGCAGCCGUAGCGCUUUUGUUCCGACUGCGGGCAGUAAAGGACCCUUGGCCUUUGUGCAAGAAGCUCGGAA